AUGCCAGGCCCCCUGCUACUUCUGCUGUGCUGGAGCUAUGUCUUGAAAGCUACACACACAUCAGUUAUAACCCAGACACCUGGAGUGGUGAUGGUGAACGCUGGUGAUACAGUGACCUUGAAAUGCCAUUUGAGUGAGAUUAUCACCUACUGCUUCUAUGUGAGUUGGAUGAAAGUGGACCCCAGGACUGGAACACACAGCAUGAGUACAGACUUAAAGGUUGAUAACAUUUCAAAGGACCAGGAACAGGACAACCUAUGUUCUGUUACAUUCACCAAUGCAAAAGUGAGCGACUCUGGCAUGUACUACUGUUCGGCUGUUCACUCCAAAAUGGUGUACUCUGGCAAUGGUUCUAAGGUUAUUGUUUUGACAGAGAGAGAAAGGGUAGGGAACAGCACUAAAGCCCCAACCCUCCAAAUCGUCUCUUCGCCAGAGGGUGACAGCUCCUUCAUCCCUCUGCUGUGUUUGGUGUUGGAAGUGGUCCCGUCUCAGGUCCGUGUGUUCUGGCUCAUAGACGGGAGAGAAGAGAGUGGACUCACUGACUCCACCUGGACAGACAACAGUGAAUCAGCCACAGAGUUCACUAGGAACCAGAUUCUUGUCCAGGCAGAGGAGUGGAACAGACGAACAGAGUUUACAUGUGUGGUGGAGUUUGAGGGGAAAAAUCUCACCAAAACACUGCUGCAACACAAUGAUUCCAAUGCCAUGUGCACAAUGCUGAUGUAUGGGGCCUCUGCAGCUGCUCUCCUCGCCAUAAUAGUUGCUGUCACUACUGCUGUGUGUCUGCACCGUGGGCAUCCUGUGGUUAUCGAUGCAGAUACAAGACAAAGAGGCACAGACACUGAGAACAGACAGGAUCAAUCUGGGAGACGCGGAGAAGCAAGAAGGGCAGUUAGAUCAUCGUUCUCGGAGGUCCAGUAUGCGACUUUGGACCAUAUCAAUUUUGGGAGACGCACAAAUACAGUUCUCCAAUCAGAUUUUGACAAAGAAAUUGCAUAAAAGUUCCAUGUAUUUUUUCAUGAUGUAGAUGCUUAUGAACUGCCACUGAAAACAUGUUCAGAUUAUUAUGUAUGUAUUUGUGUAUAAAGCAAGAGCCAGUGUCCGCAAUCGCAAAGUGCCCAGAGCCAACGAUGCGACACAGAGCUCUUUCUUUUAUAUUGGAAUUCAACUGUGGAAUAGACUCCCAGUAGUCAUUAAGCUGUCCCAGUCCAGAAAGGUUUUCAGAGGUCAGGUUAGAUCCCUUCCGUCAGAAAAAGUGUACAGGUCUAAAUAGGAAAAGAACUGAAAUAGUCUUGAAUGUUGUAUUGAUUGUGUAUUUAUUAUGGUGUAGGCUAGUUAGCUACUUAUCAUAGGCCCAUGUCACAGGAGGUUGGUGGCACCUUAAUUGGGGAGGAUAGGCUCGUGGUAUUGGCUGGAGUGGAAUAGUAUCAAAUACAUCAAACACAUGGAUUGAUGCCAUUCUAUUUGCUCCGUUCCAGACAAUAUUAUCAGCCGUUCUCCCCUCAGCAGCCUCCACGGCCCAUGUAUUUUCUUGUGUUGUGUCCUGUUUUUGUCUUACAAAGAAAACCACAUUAGAAAUAAGUGUUCUUACACUAUUGUGUGUCAUCCUCUGGGAUUCUUUGUACUUUUAAAAUUGUAAGAGUUGUAUUAUCCAAAAUCAAUCAAUCAAUAUGGCUUGUAAAUUAAUGCUUUUGUUUUUCUUUGAUUUCAUUUUAUUACCUCUUUCAUUACCUCUUAUCUAAUUUACUAUUUCCCUGGAACUCUUAGUGCCAACCAUGCCUCUGUUUUUAAACAGAUAUCUAAAACAUAUGUUUAAAAACUUUGCUUGAAUACAAAAAAAAUAUGAUGUUAAAAUUCUCAAUCUCAAACGCCA